CUUUUAUAAUGAUAAUAAUAAUAAUAAUAUAAACGUUUUGAAUAGUUUUGAUGUUUUGGUAGGUGACGAAUAMUAAUAAUAUCUACGAAUAAACGCACAUACACGCUCACACCGUCGCCAUUUGUCUCGUCGCUCUCGUGUACCGCUAUUACGGAGAUCAUUCGACGACGUUUGACGCUUAGAAGCUAAGUGAUUGCUCACCUUUGUCUACUACAUUUAUAACCAACGGAUAAACUUCUGCACCAUGAACGAUUAUUCCGCCAAGGACUUAAGCGAGCCAGAAGACGGAGACAUUAGAGACGAUAUCCCCGAAAACAUCGACAAACGUGCGUUUGAAGAUAUGAACAAUCAAAUUCAAAUUGUUCUACAAGAUAUGAAAGACAAAUUCCAAACUAUGUCUGAUCAAAUAUUAUCGAGAAUAGAUGACAUGGGUGCACGUAUUGAUGAUUUAGAGAAGAAUAUUUCUGAUUUGAUGAUCCACGCUGGUCUUGAAACUCCAGACAAAUGAUAUUUAGAAUAUUAUCGUAUUACAAGAAAUGAUUAGGUCACUUAAUAUUUACAAGAUUAUAUAAAUUAUAAACUUAGGGCCUACAUAAUUAUUUGAAAUAUGAUUAAAAUUAAAACAAGGUAAACUUAAA